GCUUUGGACGAGAUGACGACUUUGUCUACUUCUACAACUCAAUUGUUCGCUAGCCUAGUGCAACGUGUGAAUGACAGCUUCAGUGCAGACAGUCCCGACUGUCAUCUUGCCCUGACAAAUUGUUUGGCUUUAUUGCAAUCCUUUCUAAUUGGGCCUUCGCCAUUUUCCAUGGCAGGCAGUGAUCCUUUGCGCCGCCGAUUUCUCUCCCCAGACCAAGUGAGUCGAAUGCUUAAUUGGAGACGUCCUGUCCAGACCCCCAUCGUCGUUGCUUCACCCACUACCGCAAUUAUGGACUGCAGAAAUCCAACUGAUCUAAACUCAUCUUCUCUGACUGAUUUGAGUUCACCUACCUCAAAUUUGCCUAGCAUUCAGGCCAAUAAGCAACUAUCUGGUCGUCAGAUUUCAUUUUGUCGGUCUGAGGAGGAGGAUAAUAAUCCCAUACAAGAUCUACAUAAUCUUUUAGAGGUAUGUUAA